GUCGCAUCAAGCAGUCUCGCACUCUGAACGAGUCACACCAAUAGGCGGCCUUGAGUGUUCUCGACCCCAAGCAUCCAUCGCAUCCGGCAGGCGGGAAUAAGGGCCUGUUUAGUCUGCGUGUGUGCUUUUCGACUCUCUUUCCCGAUUAGGGCAAAUCGCCUGGGAAGAGAGCGACCAAGGCAUACACUAUUGAAUCCCGACUUUAUCGUUAUCUACAUACCUUGUCAUCUACUCACCACUACGUAAAUGCUAAUUACUAUUUCAUACCACUCACUUACAGGCAAUGACAUUUUCACGCGUGUAAAGGCAGCAUGUGUUGAUUUUACAAUACGCAAAGAGAUUAUCAGCAUAGGGCAUUCUUCUCCUCCUUACGUAAAGUUCAAAGCAUCAUCAUCUUUGACCAUCCCUACGUCCACCAACCAACAGGUGUCAAACUCAUCAAUCCAGCAUUUCCCUCGGGCCCUCAAAUAUGCCCCCGAGGCCACUUACACAGCCUUCCAUCCACCGCCAGUAGCCCGGAAGCAGAUAUCUUGGCCAGAUACUACUAGGGAUAAAAUGGCAAUUCGAUUUCCAGCAUACCCAAUAUUUCCCCCCUUCCCCCUUUCGCCAAGACCAGCCAUUCAGUCUGGGCACAUCCACCAAGCAAGCUAUAUUGAUAAUGGAAAAACAAAACAAAACUUCCCCCAAUUUGCCAAGACGCCACUAUUGCUUGACGCAACAUUUACAGUGCAAAUUCUUGCGUGGUAGUAAGCUUUUCUCCCUUGCAUCAUACAUGGCCAAGACGGCUUCCUCAGAGCAGGUGGUGGCAGUGCAAUUCAAGUCAAAAGUUCAAAUCACAAGUUCCCAUCUUUUCAUGCAUGUAUCAGUUCUUAUUAAUCAGACACUCAUAUUCUUUGCACGA